AUGGGCGGUUUUGUUUACCGCCUCCCGCACACGCCGCAUCGCACACUUUCUGAGGUAAAUUGGCCAGCCACGGCUGAAUGGCCCAACGGCUUUUUACCACACUUUUGCUUGCCACAUUCCCCGCAAUUGAGUUGCCAUUGCUGGUGGCCUUUGAGCCGUGGACGAAGCAAAAAAGAAAAAAAACAACGAUUUUGCCUCUCUGUGGUAUUCCCUGGCGUCUUUUGCCACGCCGACAAGCUGAGGGUCCAUCAGGGCAGUUGGCGGUGCACCGUCGGUCUUUUCGUAGUGAAUAGCCGGCUCUCGGAGAGGUUGCGCCGGGGUGACCCCAGUGGCGGACGAAGGCUUCAGCGAGCAGCGGCGUGCCCGCGUUCAGUUCUAGGCGGUGCGGCAUCGGCUGGGAUGGGUGCAGCUGUUGCCUCGCCAAGGGGCUGCUCGGGUAUAACGUUUGAGCGGCACGUAGGCACAAUUGCGGCGAUACCCGCGAUGCGGCUUCGCGACGAGCGGUGGAAAAACACCUCGUGGACACUUGUCGGCGGAAGGUGUGAUCCGGCGGAUCCCCGGCACUUGGCGGAGCCUGGGGAGCUCUGA